CAUCAAGGCUGGGAGUGGGAGGGAGGACUUGGGAAGCAAAACAUGGCGAAAUAACAAGUUUGGCUGUUAUCCGCAGUUACCAACUGCACCGCAUCUUGCAGUGUUGGACUACAAGUUGAUUUUGAAAAAAAAAGACGGACGCCGAAGAACGACAGCGACGCUCAACUUUAAAGAGUCGAGUGCUCCAGCUUAACAAGUAUUACGGUGGCUGGCGAGAACAUAGUGCCUGCCUGUCUGCCUGCCUGACUGUGUUUUCCCCCGGAAGGUUGGCAGUGCUAGGCGCGACUGUCAACACAGAAAAUGGAUGAAGGAGGAAAGUUUAUCCUGGAAAAGACAAUUUUUUAGCCUGCUAGCUUAGCCACGUUAGCUAGCCAGUUAAUGUCAGCUUGAUCGCGCGCACCUGACUCGCUGUUCGGGUUACUGAGCGCUUUCAGGAACAUUUAAGUCGUGUUAACAAGUUUGACAACUGCAGCCGCAGGGAUUCGCAUUUCAAACGAGGCCUUUAUUUCCAUUUUCCGCUCUUAUUGCUUAGUAAUAUUCCGGGAGGACAGCUAUUUAAGGCUAAUAAUGAGAGCCUGACAGUCGGUUCUGGUGCGGUGCGGACGGACCCGGACGCCAUCACAUCAGACGUUGCGUUCUCCUUAAAAACAACCGUUGCGCUGCUCAGCACUAAAUGUUUUUUUAUACUUCAUCAGCGGAACCAGGAGUGUUUCACUGACACAUCACACCUAUGUGGUAGUUUUUUUUUUCUCUCUCUCUCUCUCCGCGACACGAAUCUUUGUAUCCUAAAUAACAUUAGCUGGGAUGUUGUACAGCAGCAGAGCCGCGGCGUCUUGUCAAAAUGAACGCAGCAAGGUGUUCAACAACAGUGGAGGUGCACUGCAUUUAAGACCUGCCAGUUGUUAGAUGGGCUCGAAUGGCCGGCUAACAGCGACGUGAACAGUUUGUUGAAAUAUCUUCUUUUGAGUUGAAUGUGUUUUGAUCAGAUAUUGCAGCUGGUAUUUCUGUAAAACAACUGCGGAUAACAUUAUAGCUCUCGGCCAGAGUUGACGUGAGCUAGCCAGCUGGGUGCGUCUGUGGCACCUCUAUCUGCGAUGUGUUUGCUAAUCUAAGUGCUGCCGUGUUGUUCCGCAACAGCUUCAGGAUACUGGACCUUUUACUGGACAUUUUCUGUACAUAAUCAGGCCCUGACAAGCUGAUUUAAGCAGCCACCUAAACCCCCCUUUGUACUUCUUGUGAAAUCACUGGCUAACUUGUUAGCUAAGUUUCUGCAGCUAUGUCUGAAAACGCCCCCACACGAAGCCUGGAUGACAUAGACCUCGCAGCUCUGAGGGAUCCAGCAGGUAUCUUUGAGCUGGUCGAGGUUGUUGGCAAUGGGACAUAUGGACAAGUGUACAAGGGCCGUCACGUGAAGACAGGCCAGCUGGCUGCUAUCAAGGUGAUGGAUGUUACAGAGGAGGAAGAAGAGGAGAUCAAAGCAGAAAUCAACAUGCUGAAAAAAUACAGCCACCACCGCAACAUAGCCACGUACUACGGUGCCUUUGUAAAGAAGAGUCCACCAGGACACGAUGACCAACUUUGGCUGGUGAUGGAGUUUUGCGGGGCGGGAUCGGUGACCGACCUGGUGAAAAACACUAAGGGCAGCUCUCUAAAGGAGGACUGGAUCGCGUACAUCUGCAGAGAGAUCCUAAGGGGCCUUUCUCACCUCCAUGCCCAUAAAGUUAUCCACAGAGACAUUAAGGGCCAGAAUGUGCUGUUAACAGAGAAUGCAGAGGUCAAACUCGUCGAUUUUGGAGUAAGUGCUCAGUUGGACAGGACUGUUGGACGUAGAAACACCUUCAUUGGGACACCGUACUGGAUGGCACCUGAAGUUAUUGCCUGUGAUGAGAACCCUGACUCCACCUAUGACUACAGGAGUGACAUUUGGUCCUUGGGGAUCACAGCUAUCGAGAUGGCAGAGGGAGCUCCUCCAUUGUGUGACAUGCACCCGAUGAGGGCCCUGUUUCUGAUUCCCAGGAAUCCCCCUCCAAAACUUAAGUCCAAGAAAUGGUCCAAGAAAUUUAUUGACUUUAUAGAGGGCUGUCUUGUGAAGACAUAUCCCAGCCGGCCAUCCACAGAGCAGCUGCUCAAGCAUUCCUUCAUCAGGGACCAGCCCACUGAACGGCAGGUCCGAAUUCAGCUCAAAGACCACAUUGAUCGUACACGCAAGAAAAGAGGAGAAAAAGAAGAGACAGAAUACGAGUACAGUGGUAGUGAUGAAGAGGAUGAAAAUCGUGGAGAUGACCGAGAGUCAAGUUCCAUUCUUAAUGUGCCCGGUGAGUCCACCCUGAGGCGGGACUUCCAGCGUCUGCAGCAGGAGAACAAAGAGCGCUCGGAGGCUCACAAGCGGCAGCAGGCCCAACUGGCAGCUCAGCGCCGGGAUCCUGAGGAGCACAAACGGCAACUGUUGCAUGACCGGCAAAAACGCAUUGAAGAGCAGAAGGAACAGCGUCGCCGUCUUGAAGAGCAACAGAGAAAAGAGCGAGAGAUGGUGAGGCAGCAAGAAAAGGGUCCCCAUCGGAGACUUGACGAUAUGAGACGGGAGGAAGAUAGAAGGCUGGCAGAGAGAGAGCAGGAAUACAAGCGCAAGCAGCUUGAAGAACAGCGUCAGUCAGAGCGUUUGCAGAGACAGCUGCAGCAGGAGCAUGCCUACUUGGUGUCUCUGCAACAACAGCAGCAAGAAAAGAAGCCCCAGCUGUAUCACUACAACAAAAACCUGGAGCCCAACAAUAAACCCACUUGGGCCCGUGAGGUGGAGGAGCGAAGUAAGCUCAACAGACAGGGCUCACCUAAAAUCUGCACCACAGUCUCUGACACUGCCAUCCAGUCGCGCUCUGACUCAAUCAGCCAGUCAGGAGUGGUCCAGUCUGCGCAGACCCCACCGAUGCAGAGGCCAGUUGAACCCCAAGGGGGGCAGGGCAAGUUCCAGAUGGCUCACCUGGUUCCCCUAAAGCCUUAUGCUGCCCCUGUCCCUCGAUCCCAGUCCCUCUGUGACCAGCCCACUAAGACCAUGUCCGCCUUCCCCACCCAGGAUCCCUCCCUCACCCCCACACCCCGCCCCAUCCACUCUAGAGAGCUGGUGCGUCAGAACUCGGACCCCACUUCUGAAACCCCAGCACCGCAGGGACAUCAAAUCAGAGAGGAUCGUGGCCCCUGGAUCCGCCUGCCAGAUGUAGAACUCCCACCCAAGAUUCCCCAGAGGACAGCUUCUAUUGCCACUGCUCUCAACACCAACCUAACAUCUGGCAUUCGGCAUCCAGUAAGAGCCAGCAAUCCAGAUCUCAGCCGCAAUGAUCGCUGGGAGAGAGGAGACAGUAUAAGCAUCAUAUCCAAUCUACCCCAGACUGGCUCCCUGGAGAGGCAUCGCAUCCUCAGUUCCUCCAAAAUGGAUUCACCCAUUAUCUCCCAUGAUAGUCGCCAUAAGCCGGGGGAGUCUCGAACUUCCUCCCGUCCUGGCCGCCCCGCCGAUCAUGGCCUCUUUGCCAAAGAACGUGCUGAGGAACCGCCAAGGCCGCCGGUCAAGGCCAAUGAUUAUUCCUCCUCUUCAGAGAGCAGUGAGAGCAGUGAGGAAAGCGAGAGUGGCGAGGGAGCAGAAGAGGAAGAAAGCCCCACAGAUCGUCACAGGGACGCAGACACUGAUUCAGUCAACACCAUGGUGGUUCAUGAAGAUGAGGGUGAGGGGGGAGAAGGAGAGCAAGCUGGAGGCUAUGGGGAUCAGACCAUGCUGGUGCAGAGAACUCCAGAGAAGCGCAGCCAUAACGGAUACACUAACUUGCCAGAUGUGGUGCAGCCCUCCCACUCCCCCACUGAUUCAGCCACUCACUCCUCUCCUGGGAAGGACUCUGUUUAUGAUUAUCAGUCCAGAGGUUUGGUUAAGGCAUCUGGCAAGUCCUCCUUCACCACGUUUGUGGAUCUGGGCAUGUACCAGUCACCAGGUACAGGAGAUAACAUGUCUGUCACUGGCUCCAGGUUUGAGCAGCUGAAGAUGGAGGUAAGGAAAGGAUCCAUGGUGAAUGUCAAUCCCACCAACACGCGCCCUCCCAAUGACACACCUGAGAUCCGCAAAUACAAGAAAAGGUUCAACUCUGAGAUCCUGUGCGCUGCACUUUGGGGUGUGAACCUGUUGGUGGGCACAGAGAACGGCUUGAAGCUGCUGGACCGUAGUGGUCAGGGCAAGGUUUACCCCCUCAUCAACUCUCGCAGGUUCCAACAGAUGGAUGUGCUGGAGGGCCUCAACCUGCUCAUCACCAUAUCAGGCAAGAAAAACAAGGUGCGUGUCUACUACCUGGCGUGGCUGAGGAAUAAGAUCCUCCACAAUGACCCCGAGGUGGAAAAGAAGCAAGGUUGGACCACAGUGGGGGAGAUGGAGGGCUGUGUACACUACAAAGUGGUGAAAUAUGAGAGGAUAAAGUUCCUGGUGAUUGCUUUGAAGAAUGCGGUGGAAGUAUAUGCUUGGGCGCCCAAACCUUAUCACAAAUUCAUGGCCUUCAAGUCUUUUGCAGACUUGCCACACAGGCCUGUCCUGGUCGACCUAACAGUGGAGGAAGGUCAGAGGUUGAAGGUCAUCUACGGCUCUUGUGCUGGCUUCCAUGCUAUCGAUGUAGACUCUGGAAACAACUAUGAUAUUUAUAUCCCCGUUCAUAUCCAGAGUCAUGUGACUCCGCAUGCGAUUGUGUUCCUGCCCAGCUCAGAUGGCAUGGAGAUGCUGCUGUGCUACGAGGACGAGGGCGUCUAUGUCAACACCUACGGACGCAUCAUCAAGGACGUUGUCCUGCAGUGGGGCGAGAUGCCCACGUCAGUUGCUCAUAUCUGUUCAAACCAGAUCAUGGGCUGGGGAGAAAAGGCCAUUGAGAUCCGCUCUGUGGAGACCGGCCACUUGGACGGCGUUUUCAUGCACAAAAGAGCUCAGAGGCUGAAGUUCCUUUGUGAGAGAAAUGACAAGGUGUUUUUCGCCUCAGUGCGGUCGGGAGGCAGCAGCCAGGUGUACUUCAUGACCUUGAACAGAAACUGCAUCAUGAACUGGUGAAGGAACAGCUGCUCUGGUCAGUGUGUGGAACCCAGCAGGGGUUUGGAGAAGGAAGUGCAUCUGAAAUUCUCGCUAACGCAUGCACACAAAUGUGAACAUCGCUCUCUCUUUCUCUCCAGCUCGCUCACACUCAAGCACUCAAGCUCCAAAGACAAACACACAGACACACAGUCUCUCAGACAAACACAUACACACACACACACACAUACACAAACGAUCUCUAAAUCCAUUCCAGCCUACACUCCUUAAGAUGCAGUUUCGACCGAGGCCCCCUUGAUUAAAAUUCUCCCUGGAAACAUCAUGAAAAAUUGCUGAUGAGCUUCAAAUGUUAAUACCAUCUAUUAAUUUGUACUGUAUAUAUUCUUGUCUUGAUUUACUUUACUUGGUGGACCUGUGUUCAGUCGUAACUAUUUAGUUCCUAAUUGUGAAGUAUGUAAACAUUCCUUGAUGGUUCUACAGUACAUUUUGAGGAAGGCAUUAUUUACCAAUACUGUAUGUUGAAAAUGAAGCUGUAAAUAGUUAGCAUCUGACCCUUCGAUCUGAAUCAUUCGCAGGCCUCAUAUAGCCGUCGUUCACAGGGACGUCUGAUAUUAAAAUGCUGGAACGCCCAUCUGCAGUGGUUCGUGGACCCCAAUUGUUUUGGGGCUCCCACAGUUUCGGGGAGGCUUAAAGGAAGGAUUUAGUACAAAGGGACAAUAAAGUCAGGGCAAAGUAGCUUGUUUAAAUAUUUUAGUUACCUACAGUAGACAGUAACCUGAAGCCCUGCUUUUACUGUUUUUCUGGCCUGAAUAGGCAAUGAUGUUGUAACUCUUAAUCACAACAAGUGAGCCUUGAAUGCUUCAAAAGCAAAAUAAAUUUCAGUUUAACAAUGAAUAAAUACUAAAACCAAUCAGAAGUCUCGUACAUGUGCAGAAUCAGCACAGUGAAAUCUCCUGCUUUGCCUUUUUUAUGGUUUAGGUGAAACCAUUAAUUAUUUGUCUCAUCAGGCUUGUAUCUAAACUUUUUUGUUUUCAUAGAUUUACAAAAUACACAAAUUUGAUAUUUAUAUGUAGUGAUUCUGUAUUGGUAUUAGCCUACUGGUAUUCUUAAUUUUACUGUAAUUAUAUUGCCAUUAUAUUGCAAUAUAUAUUAUUCUUGUGGAGUCUUUGAAGAGGGGAGUUCAUAUAUUUGGCUGUUAGUGUUGGGGAGUGCGAUGACAACUUUGGAGGAGAGAGAGGGGACGGGAUGUCCGUAAAGGAGGGUGUUGGAGAAACGUGGAAGGGGGGGUGCGUUCCCCUCCGACCACAGUGAUCUACUCUACUGUAUUAUAUUUUAGUUCUUAGACUAUUUCGUUAGCGUGGAUCUUUUUGUGAGAUGUGUUUGUCCAGGGAAUUGCAGUAGAACAGCUCUCUGUGUGGUAUAGUUCAUAUUUGUCUUGGGCCAGUAGAUAAGAUUUAACGUUUGGGGACUCUGCGAUACCCUACAGAGGACUCAAUCCCAUCAGGCACUUUGGAGAACAAGGCUGGAACUCACGAGACUUAAUAUAUUUUCUAUCUAUACAUUCUGCCAAAGUUCACAGUGUAUGUUGCAACAGGGGAAUGAAUCAAGGCCAAAGGAAGUAGAGUUUAAAAUGCGACUAUAGAUACUGAAGAAGAAACUAUUCCCACAGAUCACUAACCAAUGUUUUCCUUUCAUGUAUAAAUCCAGCUGGUUUUUCACUAAUAUGGUCUCAUGCUGCGUUAGCUCUUUGAGAUCUGCUCUAGAUGUCGAUUAUUUCUUAGCAGUGCACAGACAUUUUCCUCUUUUCUAGGGGGAAUGAAGUGUCUGCUUUGUUUAGGCAGCUGCACAAGAGAGAUAUUGUGUGCUCCCAUACACCAGACAGUACGGUAGAAGUAUGAGGCAGCUUAAUCAGGAAGAAGCUUGAUGAAUCAAGCUUUUUGUUCAGUGACUCACUCGGUUCACUGUGCUGCUGCAGCACUUUGGUAGAAACAGGUGGGCAUUUUAAUGCCAAGAUGGUUGUACUAACUCCUGUCUUAUCAAGAAGAAAUAUCUUGUUUUUUUUCAACAGAACAAAAUGCAUCUAUUUUUUUUGUUUUUGUUUUUGUGCAGCUGCCAGUAUGAAAGGAAACUCUAAAAAGGAAACUUGGCUAGUGAUCAGUGGCAUAGUCUGCUGAAGCCUGCCCUUUAAGCUGAAGAGAUGUAUUUUAUACAGUCAAAUAGAAAGCUAUUAAGACUGCAGUAUAUGUUCAGGGCAGAGAGCGUUUAAUCAAAUAUAUAUAGAGAGAUGGAUAGAUGGUUAAUUUUAUGGUGAGAUUAUAAAACAAACUGUAAAUGGGCAUGGAAAGCACUUUCACUUCAGUAAACAUACAUUUACAAAUAUAUCUCAAGCAGAUACUUUGGUGUGCAUGUAAGCCAUUCAAAUAGAUGAUAUAGUACUGUAUCCAAGUUGUUUUCCCCUUCAAAGAAUGUGUUUUUAUUCUUAAAUAUCUUUUAUGUGCCAUGACCUACAUUUCAAAUUCCUCAAUUACAAUCCACCAGGAGCUCUGGCACUCAUGCUUUUUAUGGUCAAAUCAUUAUUUUUUAUCAAUCUGCCAUGUUUACAGUUUAAGCAGUGCCUUGGAGUUGGGAAGGAGAGAGGUUUGUAGGAAGGGUUGUGAGCCCCCAUGCCCCACCCACCCACCACCCCACCUCUAUUAGUCUCUUACUUGAAAUCACACGAAGAAGAAGAGGCACAACUAGAUCUGCUCCCUCGUUCCGAUUAACGUCUUGUGCCAGUUAAGUGCACUUAAGUCAAAUCCAGAAUAUCCCUUAGAUGGACUUGAAAUGCUUUUUUGGCACCAAGUGUAACAGCCUGAAGUGAUCAACAGACGAUAAUCCGUGAAGAAAAUCGCAAUAACAAGUACAUGUCCAGUUAAUCCAGUGUAACAUGUAAAGGAUGGACUCACGGUGGGAGCCAGCAUAGAGAAAAGCCAUGUGUAUGAAACACGUUUGUAGAGAAAACUUAGUUAUCGUGCAUCAAAUUAAGCUCUGUGUGUGACGUCUGCUCAGAUAAUGUAGGUUCAUGCUGCAAAGAUGAGGUAAGCGCUUAUUCUUUAAUGAUUGUGUAAUCUUGUAGUGAGGAGAGUAGCUUGAUAUAUUCUGAGAAGCCUAUUUUAUAAAAUAUGUAAAUUAGUCUAUAUUGAGAAAUAAAAGUGAAUGUACAUCUACGAGACAGAUUUGUAUUUAUAUAAAAUGUGUACCACUCUAUUAAUCUAAGCACAAUGUAUUUUAAGGCAGAGAGAUCAAAGCUAUAAUCGAGUAUAAAGGAGAGAUGGAAACCUUUUUUUUUCUUUUUUCGUUUUUUCCUCAUUCUAUCAGUCGUCGAACUCGUCAGCGUGAAAUCAGUCCGAGCAGUUGUUGUAGUUAAGCAAGUAGUCGGCUGAGACAGCUGUGUGUAUGUGGACAAAUGCUGCAGCGUUUCUGUCGCGACAGAAAGACAAGUCUGUCUUUUAACCAGAAGAGUCAACUGUGGCUGUGAUUCAGACACUCGUGGUAGCUCACAGAUUGGUGUUGGAUCUGGCCUCUGGUGUAAAUUGCCUACACGACGCUGACAGGCUGUUAAUAUUCUCAGGUGAUGACAGGGAUCAUCAUAAAGGCAGUGCAGUGGUGAUAUUACCUGAUGGUCCUUGUUGUGAGGUUAGAGGCCCUUGGCGUUUGAAGUGUAUUUAAAAAAAAAUAGAAGGCAGCCUUUAGCAAGUGAAAAGUGCAUUGAUCAGGUACUGGGAGAAUAAAGACAAGAUAGACGAGCCAGAAAUCAUUUGCUGACAACUUAAGUUUUAUGUGAAUAUUACAGAACAGGGUAAAGGUAAUUCCACAGGUUUUACACAUCAAAGUCUAUUUGCAGGUGUCGCUGCAUGUGUGUGAUCACUUCUUGGAGCUGGAGACUGCAAGUUGUGAAAUGGGGGACACAUCAUCAGCUACUAGCAUAACACACCUGGAUCCUUUACCAAACCUGCAUUGUAGGUGCACAAUUUUUGCAUCAAUUUUCAUAUUGUGACUCGGUUAUAGAAGAACAACACUGCAGAUAGCUUUACUAAAUCUGUACCAGAACCCCCACGUACACAUUUUACUUUACACUUUGAUGUGUGAAAUCAGUGGACUUUCCUUUAACACGCUUAGGUUGCAAAAUGUGAUACAACAAUUAGCUGAGCUGAGCAAGUUUAGUCAGACUACUUCAUUUGCAGUUAAAUAAGAUAAAAUGUACAACUAAAGUUAAACAGUAGAUACACCGGCGGGUGACAAAUUAAAAUAAAACAACAAGUAUCUUAGUAAGGUGCAGAACAGCUUCAGUGCACCACGACAAUGUUGGUGAUGACGGUGGAGAGUGCUGCCUCAUACACCUGUCCAACAUCUCCAAUAAUUGUUCGAUUGGGUUUAAAUCUGGUGAUUGUUUUUAUCUGAAUAUUCAGUGUGCCCUCCUGUCCUGUGGAUGGAGACGCUGUCAUGUGGAAAUGUUUCAUCUUAGUGAUCACUCUCUGUGGGGGUCAAGGGCUCUGGUUUUUCCUUUAAUUUGUCACCCGUCUGUACAUAACUUUAAGCAACAUAAACAUUAGCUGCUUUUUCAAGAAUAUCAACUCUACAAGGCAGCAGAAAGUCUCGGCAUCAGCUUUGUUUAGUCAUCCUGAGUGCAUGGCUUGUGUUGGCUGUUGUUUUGGUGGAUGGCAUUACAAUUGAAAUAUUUGACUUAGUAAAAACAGACACAGCUGACGAUGUUGUUAUCAGCCUGUCUAAUUGAAUGCAGCAGGAACUCCAAUAACAGGCUGCAGUUUGAAACACAGGAGCAGUAGUGGUUUGUGAUUUCCCUAAAAGCACCUUAACAUGUGUAAGUGGUAUUUCAUUUUGUACCGAGGGCCGUUAAAAGACCCCAGCCUCACAACUCAUUAGGUUUAGGGAAGAUUUCUGGCUUGAUUGCCGAGUUCACGCGAGCCGGCUCCGAACAGCCGUCAGGAAGAAGCAACACUAAGUCCUGAGAGAUGCUGACAUUUCUUUUUUUUUUUUAUAAGCAAUACAAGCAUUUGAACCAAUCCAAACCCUGACUGUCCGUCUCAGCGUGACUUGCAGGUAGUGAUGCUUCAGUGGCCUUUGGCAGAUUAAAUGUCAGCUGGUUUGUGUGUUUCAGAAGUCAUUCUCUGCUUUUCCUUUUGUUUGUAAUCACAAGAAAUAACUGCUUCUCUGUCAGUUCAACACAACCAGGAUGCUCGUUAUAAUAAUCCAAUCCCAGAAACUGCCUUUCUGAACUCUUAAGUAUCGAUAAAUGAAUGACAGAUAAUAUUCUCACGAGGCGCUCUUCUCUCAUAGCUUCUAUUUCUAAUCAAUAGCGUGUGAAUGGAUCAGCAGCUGUAGCUGGGAGGGAGGCAGAUCAACCUUGGGGAGCUCGAAGAUGACGUGGAUCUUUGGACAGACCUACAAUAUCUAUUGUUCUUUUUCAAUAAUGUUUUUUUGUUUUCUUUUUUUUUAAACGGUUAACAUCUUUGCAAUGUUUUAGUGUGCGCGCGCGUCUGUGUUACUUGUGAGAGGUUAACUCCAGAUUGUAUUUCAUAGACUGAUAAACUUUAAACUUUCAAAAGAUUGUGUUGAAUGAAUUCAUGUCUUAAUACAGAUUGUUUGAAAAAUAAAAUACCUUGAUCUCA